CAGAUCUUCGUGAAAACCCUCACCGGCAAGACGAUCACGCUCGACGUCGAGCCGUCCGACACGAUCGACAACGUCAAGCAGAAGAUCCAGGACAAGGAGGGCAUCCCCCCGGACCAGCAGCGCCUCAUCUUCGCGGGCAAGCAGCUCGAG